UGUUGUUUGUGAAACAUUUGGAAACGGAUUCAAUUCUUGAUUACUCAAAUAAAGAGCCAAAGAUUUCAUCCAUAUCUUUGGCAUCAUCCUUAAAAUUAUCAACAGAUUCAUCGAAUCAUCAUCGUGAAUCGUUAAAUGAUUUUUUUGAUCUGGACCAAACAAUUGGUCAUUCAAUUUGUCUUGCAAAUCAAACAUUGGAUUAUUUAGUUCGUGAUUCAGAACUAACCGAUUUGAAUGAAUCAAAAGUCAAUAACGUUGAAUCUAUGCACCGUGAUUCAAAUAUAUCUAUUGAUCCAUCAAACAAAAUGAGAGAUUUUCUUUUAUCACGUCCAUCAUCAAUGUUGUCCCGUACAACAUUCGAAAAUAUGAUGAAAUUUCGUACACUAAUGUAUAAUAAUGAUAAUAAUUACAUGAAUGAUGAUUCUGGUGAUGAAACAUCCGAUAAUAAUUCGGAUGAUUUUAUUGAAUGUGAUGAAGAUUUACAACGUGUUAAACAAUUGGAUGAAUUAAUUGGAUCUUUACAAAAUGUUUCAUUUGAAACGAUUAUACCAAAUUCAUAUGUACAAAUGGUAACAACAGUGCCAAAUGUUCGUGUAUUAAAAUCAAAUGAUCAUAUUGUUUCAUUGCAAACAUUUAUUCGAAACAAAAAUACACCACGUGAUGAAUUCAUAUUCAACGCUGAUCGUUUGAUUCGUAUCGUAAUUGAAGAAGGUCUUAAUCAUUUACCAUACACAACUCGAUCGAUUGAAACACCAACUGGUGAUCAUUAUGAUGGUGUACAAUUUCUUAAAAUGAAUUGUGGCGUAUCAAUUGUACGAAGUGGUGAAGCUAUGGAAAAAGCAUUACGUGAUUGUUGUCGUGCGAUACGUAUUGGAAAAAUUCUAAUACAAUCAGAUGAUGAAACACAUCAAGCAUCUGUUCUUUAUAGUAAAUUUCCGGCUGAUCUACCAUUACGAAAAGUUUUAUUAUUAUAUCCUAUUAUGGGCACUGGAAAUACUGUGAUUAAAGCGGUAAAAACACUGAUUAAACAUGGAGCUAAACAAUCGAAUAUUAUAUUGGUUAAUUUAUUCACUACACCGGAAGCCAUACGUUCUAUUUGUACACGUUUUCAUGAAAUGAUCGUACAAACAACCGAAGUUCAUCCUGUGGUUCCUCAUCAUUUUGGACAAAAAUACUUUGGAACAGAUUGAUUAAUCAUUUUUCAAUGCAAAUAUAUUUGUAUAAUUAAUUCUGACACUGGAAUCCAAUUUUAUCUAAUGAAAUUGAUUGACAAUAAAAUU